UCAGUCGGACCACGUGUUUCCUGGUUCUCAGACUAGUUUCAUGUUUGAGGAAGUAAAACUGUCUCAGUCUCAGUUAUCGAGAGGAGAAAUGGCGCAGAAAGGAGUUCAGCUGGACCAGGAAACCUUUUCUUGUUCCAUCUGUUUGGAGGUUUUAAAGGAUCCGGUGACUAUUCCCUGUGGACACAGUUAUUGUAUGAACUGUAUUAACAACUACUGGGAUGAAGGAGAGAAGAAACUCCCCAGCUGUCCUCAGUGUAGACGGACUUUCACUCAGAAACCCGAGCUGGUGGAAAACACCAUGUUAGCAGCUUUAGUGGAGCAGAUGAAGAAGACUGGACUCCAAGCUGCUCCUGCUGAUCACUGCUAUGCUGGACCUGAAGAUGUGGCCUGUGAUUUCUGUUCUGGAAGAAAACUGAAAGCUGUCAAGUCCUGUUUAGUCUGUCUGGUCUCUUACUGCGAGAAACACCUUCAACCUCAUCAUGAUUCAUCUUCAUUCAAGAAACACAAGCUGGCGGAUCCCUCCAAGAACCUGCAGGACAACAUCUGCCCCCGUCAUGGUGAGAUGAUGAAGAUGUUCUGUCGUACUGAUCAGAAGUGUAUCUGUUAUCUCUGCUCUGUGGAUGAACAUAAAGGUCACGACAUAGUCUCAGUUGUAGCAGAAAGGACUGAGAGGCAGAGAGAGAUGGAGGUGAGUCGACAACAAAUCCAGCAGGAGAUCCAGGAUAGAGAGAAAGAUGUGAAGCUGCUUCAGCAGGAGGUGGAGGCCAUCAAUCAGUCUGCUGAUAAAACAGUGGAGGACUGUGAGGAGAUCUUCACUGAGCUGAUCUUUCUCCUCCAGAAAAGAAGCUCUGAUGUGAAACAGCAGAUCAGAUCCCAGCAGGAAACUGAAGUGAGGAGAGUCAGAGAGCUGGAGGAGAAGCUGCAGCAGGAGAUCACUGACCUGAAAAGGAGAGACGCUGAGGUGAAGCAGCUCUCAGACAUCAAGGACAAUAACCAGUUUCUCCACAACUACCCCUCACUGUUACCACUCAGUGAGUCCACACACUCCUCCAGCAUCAGCAUCCGUCCUCUCAGCUACUUUGAGGAUGUGACAGCAGCUGUGUCAGAGGUCAGAGGUCGACUACAGGACAUCCUGAGAGACAUGUGGACAAACAUCUCACUGACCAUCACUGAAGUGGAUGUUUUACUGUCAGAUUCACAAUCAGAACCAAAGAGCAGAGCUGGAUUCUUGAAAUAUUCAUGUGAAAUCACUCUGGAUCCAAACACAGCAGACACAGAGCUGUUACUGUCAGAGGAGAACAGAAAGGUGACUUUUAUGAAGAAACGUCAGUCUUAUUCUGAUCAUCCAGACAGAUUCACUGAAUAUUCUCAGGUUCUGAGUAGAGAGAGUCUGACUGGACGUCAUUACUGGGAGGUGGAGAAGAAAGCAGAUGUAGUUGGUGUAGCAGUUUCCUACAAGAAUAUCAGCAGAUCAGGGGAUGAAAGUGCAUUUGGAUUUAAUGACAAAUCUUGGUCACUAAAUUGUUCCUCAGACAGUUAUGUAUUUUGGUACAACAACAUCAGAACCUCCAUCUCAGGUCCUCCUUCCUCCAGAAUAGGAGUUUACCUGGAUCACAGAGCAGGUGUUCUGUCCUUCUACAGCGUCUCUGAAACCAUGACCCUCCUCCACAGAGUCCAGACCUCCUUCACUCAGCCGCUCUACGCUGGAGUUUGGGUUUACGGUUCUGGAGCCUCAGCUGAGUUCUGUAAACUCAAAUGAACUUAUUUCCUUUUCAUGUUUUUAUUUCAGUUUUUAUUGAUUUUCUUUUCUUCUCAGAGAUGAACGUCUCAAACUCUGAUCAAUGGAGGGACGGAAUAUUCAUAUUAUUAACAUCUUUUAUUUCAGUAUAAAAACACAGAAAUAAGCCUGUGUUGUAAUUGUUGUUAAUUGUCAGUUUGGAUGUGUUUCUAUGUUGUAUUUCUCUUUUCUUCCACUUCAUGGACUCCAACAAAAUGUUUUCUUCAGUCUGCAUUCCAGGAUUUGACUCAAAUCUGAAGGAGAAAACAUUAAUCUAAUAUUCAAGUCAAACUGAGACAGUUUUCCUCCUGAAACAUCCCAAAGUCCAGAGUUCAUGUUCACAACAGAUCAUAUUUCUGUAUUUAAAUGUGUCUUUACUGGUUUUACUGCUCUUGUUCUGGCCAGACUUCAGUCAGAAAAGAGGCCUGAAACCUCCACAGUCCUGUUUUCCUGACCUCCACUCUCCAGCGGUGCAGUGUCAGGUUUUCCUUCAGCAUUCAUCCAGACAGACUUCUGUUCACAUUUGAUCAUCUUAAAUAUUUAUGUUUUACUUCUUCUUUUAGUGUUUCUGCUCUUUCUGUAACUUUCUGUCCUGAACAUUGUAUCCUGGUUCACGUCUGCAACCUCAGGACCUGGAAACAGUGAAGAUCAGGAGUCUGGGGAGUGACGUCACACCGCCCCCUACAGGAAGAUGAUUGCAUGACACGUAAAGAGGUUUUUAAAGAGGAAAGAAGUCACGUGUUUAAACACUUUCCCUCCAGUCUGGGUUUCAUGUUGUAUUUGUUGAAUCAUGAAAAUGCCCCAAAAUGUCUCGUCAUUUACAAUUUAGGAAAAGGUUUUUGAGGUAAAGGAUGUUAUUAAAAACUUUUGUUGUUGCUGGAUAUGAAAGUUAAUAUUAUUAGGGAUGCAGAAUGUAAAAUAAUUGAAUGUUUCUAUGUUUUAACACUUAAAAUAAAAUGAUU